AUGGAGAAAGAUAAUCCAAUUUAUCAGUGGCUUUCCACUGUGGAGGACCAGGAACAGAAUCGCAAUCAAGAUGGAGGCAUCUUCCGCGCUAACAAAGCUUUAGUUGAGAACCAGGAACAGGUGAAGGACACAACUCUUGCAACGGGCAUACCACGGAUCCGCAUCCCACUAGAGGUAUCUGAUAGUGUGUGCGGGAAUGGAGCUUCAGCCCGCAAGAAAAGAGAUUCAGGUCACCUCGAGCAAACCAAAACGUCGUCCACUAGAGAGACCAUACCCGGAAAUGAGAGUCAUAAGAGAUCUCGGGAUGGUUACGAACUAAGGCCCAGACACAAGACUCGCGAGGAUCGCUAUGAGUACAAAGGCCCAUCAUCGGCCGUCGAGGCCCAGUCGCAGUCUCGCAAAGGAAGAGCCAAGAAGUCCCGAGGCAGGAGGCACACCAUGAAUGAUGACUUCCAGGCCAUCAAUGUGACUGGAAACAGAUUGACACUGCGCAACAAUACAAACCUGGGUAUAUUCGGCAAGGGACGAUCUUCUUCUACAGCCAAUACAACCAGUCAUCACGGAAAUACCCUGUCAACCGCUCUUGCAAAACCUGCAGCAAGCAUCAAGUCGCAUAAGUACCUUGCAGAAUCUGAUCUUGCCUUUUCUGAAAUGAACUUUCUGUUCCGGAGGAGAAAUUUGAGUCCGUAUCCCACGUCGACUGCCAGAGAGACGUUCAAUGGACAGCAUGAGAGAGAGUACCAUCCUCAAGAGCAGCAGUUCGAAGAUCCUGCACGUGACUUCACCCUCGACAUGGCUCAUUCAAACAACAAGUUGCUUGGUGGGAAACACCAACUUGAUACCUCAGUCACACCACUAUUCACAUCUGAAGAGGCCCCCGUCAGCGAGAUUUCCCCAGUUUCCAACCAUUCUCGGAGUGCUUCCCCCAAGCCCCGCAAUAAAAGAAGAAAGACAUCAAAACAAGCAUCGUCUAUUCCAUACACUUGGAGUGAAACUGUGGUGGACGGCGCAGAACAAAGCCAUGCUCUCGAGCAACACCUGUUGAACCUGCUGCAUGUCGGAGUCCAUCCUGAAGUGCUAUGCUCUGAGAUCACAAAUACCGUCUCAGCCAAACGAUAUUGGACUCUUGCGGAAUUAUGUGUCCUUUUGGAGGAGAGAAAGACGUCAUGGUCAAAUGACGCCGCCAACAAAAAGCGAACUUCACCCGAAUCCAACAUGGGGCAACUAGCUGCAGCCGAAGCUGAAACUGCUUUACAAGUAGUUCCGGAGAUCAUUGCAUCAGAUCAUUUAGAUCUUGACGAUAUCGGUUGUGCACAAAAUGAAAAAUCCAAGCAAUCUCCGGGUUCGACUGUCGCUUGUGAAACAGCUUGCAGUGUGAAAAACGAUCUACCGCAACAAUCUUCAAUUCUCGAGCAACAGCAGGAAGAACCGCGCCAAACUUCAGAUAACCCAGGCUAUCCGAAACCCCAGGCCACCACCACAUCAAACAACCAAUAUGGUUUCAUAGAUAUCUUGGAUAAAGAUCAGUGUGAGCUCUUCUCUCAGCAAUCAGCAGAUGACGAUGUCAUUUUUCCUGUAUCCGUACCAGAGGUCAAACGGCCGCAUAUGUCUGACAUCGAGUUUUAUGAGCUGGGUCGAGUCGAAGAUGAUGAUGUGUUCUAUCGUACACUGGACGCUGCUUACUCCGCCAUCGUGCGCCCUGAAGUCGCGGCAGAAGUUGCAUCAGACUUACAGCACUCACUUGAAUCUCCCGAACUAAAUAGCACUGAUCUUCCGAAUAGCCCAGAAUCAACGGGCAUUCGGGACUCCGAUAUUCCUACCAAACAGGUAGAGGCGGGAGAAACAGAGCCUUUGGCAACGGUCUCCCAAGACAUCAUACAAGAACAGUAUGACGAAAGUUCGCCUGAGCCUUAUUGCCAGCACGAACUACCCACGAGUCAUUCGAAUGAUCCUUGUGUUGACCAGAGCAAUGAUUUGCCAUGGCUGACUACUGGAUAUGGUCAGUCACAACCGCACGCGUCAGCUGGAAUCGAUGCGCGACAGAGCCAACCUCCCCGAUUAUCUCGUUUCUGGCGACAGAACAAGCUCUAUUGA